AUGGUUAACGGGAAGGGAUACAGACAACCGGAGGCCCACCAGCAAACAACAACAACAACAACAACGCACAAAAUGGAAUCGCGUGGGGUCAUCACGGUGGCUGUCGUCGCAUUCCUGCUCGGCACAGUGGCCGGCUUUGAGCUGCGCGAAGCCGUCGGCAGCUUCCGAAGAUGGCGUUACGAGCGGCUCAAGCGCAAAUGCCAGGACCUCAAGAAGAGGCUCCUUGUUGCGCAGUGCACAUGUCCACUGUUGCCGUCGUUCACUGUAACCAACUCUGCUUUCUUCAUCUUCCUUUUGCUUGCCACACCUGCGUCUGCGCUUGCCAAGUGGACAGACCUCGAUGCCCACACCCUCCUCGUUGUCCACGCUCUCGCCUUUCAACGCCUACCUCGACCGCGCCCACACCCACGGACGCUCGAGUCCCAGCAGCAGCAGCAGCAGCAGCAGUAG